AAUCACUUUCUCCAAAUAGUACUGCCUAUGUGCCUAUACUACUUUUUUUUUCCUUUAUUUUUCUAUGUACUAUAAUUCCCUUUUCUCAAUAGUUCUGUAGCAUGCUUUGCUUUGGUUUGCUUCUUCUUCUUCUUCUUCUUCUUCUUCUUUCCUGGAGCCAUCAACUAUACAGAAUUACAGAUAGCUCCAAAAUACAACUCCUAAAUGUUGGGUCAAUUCAAACCCACUUCUGAUUUCAAGGCAAUUUCAUAAAUUCAUUUGAGAUUCUCUUCUUUUCUCCUUUGAUUCUAUUUUUUCAGAUUUGUUUGUCAUGUUAAAAUUGAAUUUUCCUCCAUUUUUAUGGAUUUUAUAUGUGUCUUUCAAUUGAAUUCUAUGUUUUAUCAAGUGGGUGUUUUUGGGAUUGUGAUUUUUAGUUUUCCUGGAUAUUUUGGAAUUUUGGGGAUUUUUUUGGGUGUGCCCAUUUUCUGCAAAAUGCAAGUAGUAUAUCUUUUUAUAUCUAAAAAGUGGGGAUUUUUAAUUAAGUUUAAUUUGACCAUGUCAACAUGUUGAGUGUUAUGGUGUCAAAGACCAGGUUCAGUGAGUUUAUUGGAUCAGGAUCCUUGUUAGAAUUGCUUGUGUUUUGUGCUUAUUUUUUAGAAUUUUUUUCUGUUUGUUUUUUGGACUAAAAUAAUUCUGGGUGUUAAAAUACUGUUCUUGGAGUUUGCGAAUAUACAUGUUACAUUAACAUAGCAAUUGCUACUAUUUUUUUUUCUUGUUAUUUAUAAUAUUAUAAAUCUUUCCCUCACUUGGGAUUUCUUGUUUGGAGGGAAUUUAGCAGUUUUAACAUUGCCAACUUGCCAAGGGCUAUAAAAAGUUGGUUACUUGUAAAAGGGUUUGAUGGGUUGAGACAUGCUCAAGCAAAUGAUGGAUACCUGUAAUGAUCCUGGUGAAAACCAAUUUUUUGAUGCCCUUGAGGAAAUUUCUGCAAAUUCUGAUUCGGGUUUCGAUUGUUUUUGUUCCAAUUUCGCCCCUGGAGCCGGCAGUUCUGUCUCUAGUAGUUCCCAAUUUGAUGUGUGGAUACAAAAUCCCGAAAGUGUUCAGGCUCGUCGAAGUAAAUUCUUUAAUCGAUUGGGGUUCGAUGUAAAUAAGAUUUCUGGUGAUGAUGCAGAAAAUGAUUGGAUUAGUGCAAAUUUUAAUGGUGUUAUGUUGAAAGAUACAAGUUUUGAGUGUGAGUUUUCUUCAAGUAGGUCACCUAUGUCUUUCUUUUCUGUUGGUGAUUCAGAAUUCUGUGGAAAUUUGACUUGUAAAGAGAGUAUGGAUGAGGGAAUGCUCAAUUUAGGUGGUGAAAACCGAGCUAAACAAUCUGAGCACGGUUUGAGUUCUUCCUCGAGCAGUGAUCUUUCACAUGUUAAAAACCCGGCAAUGAGUCCUUUAGUGGGGCCCACGAAGAAGGUGACGAAAUGGUGGCUGAACAGACUGCGUAGCUUUAAUUGUGUCAUGGAGAGUGAAUGUGAACAAUGUAGUUAUGAUUCGUCUGCUGGAGGCAGAAUUCAGAGAGUAAAGGUGCAUCAAAAUAAAAAGCGGUCGAAAGAGCUUUCAGCCCUUUAUUACGGUCAGAAUUUCCGAGCUCAUGAGGGUGCAAUCUUAACGAUGAAAUUCAGUCCUGACGGGCAAUUCCUGGCUAGUGCCGGGGAAGACAGAAUCGUGCGAGUGUGGCAGGUUGUGGAGGAUAAUCGAUCGAAUGAGCUGGACAUCCCUGAAACCGAUCCAUCCUGUGUUUACUUCACAAUGAACCAUCUCUCGGAGUUAGAACCACUUAGCACUGAUAAAGAGAAAAACGGUAAAUUGAAGAGAAUUCCCGAUUCAGCUUGCGUCAUUCUUCCUCCGAAAGUGUUUCGGAUAUUGGAAAAGCCACUGCAUGAGUUUCAAGGCCAUACCAGUGAAGUUUUGGACCUUUCUUGGUCUAAAAUUGAUUGUCUCUUGUCUGCAUCCGUCGAUAAAACUGUUCGUUUGUGGCGAGUGGGGAUCGAUCAUUGCCUUAAUGUCUUUCCUCAUAAUAACUACGUGACUUGUAUUCAGUAUAACCCGGUUGAUGACAAUUGCUUCAUUAGUGGGUCUAUAGAUGGAAAGGUUCGUAUUUGGGAAAUAUCUCAUUGCAAAGUAGUCAAUUGGAUUGAAACUAAAGACAUUGUUACCGCAGUCUGUUAUCGCCCGGAUGGCCAGGGUGGAAUUAUUGGCUCGCUUGCAGGGAGUUGCCGUCUUUACAGCAUAUCAAAUAAUCAAUUGGAGCUAGAUGCUGAGAUUUUUUUGCACAAUAAGAAAAAGUCGUCUGGGAAACGGAUAACAGGCUUCCAGUUCUUCCCUCAAGAUCCAAGCAAAGUGAUGAUUUCAUGUGCUGAUUCACAAGUUAGGAUUCUUCAAGGUGUGAAUUUGAUAAGCAAAUUUAAGGGGCAUCGGAGAACGGGAGCGUACUGCACAGCAUCAUUCACUGCCGAUGGAAAGCACAUAGUCGCUGCAUCCGAAGAUUCCAAUGUCUACGUUUGGAAAUGCAAUGAUCAGGAUUACACAGACUCAUCGCGCAUAAAGAAGAUAACAUCGUCCGAGCGAUUUCUUUCCUACGCAUCUAUCGCAGUCCCUUGGCCAGGGUUACAAAACGAAAGCAACAGAAAUCAGUGGCACCGUGGUGCGUUGAAUGGCUUGAAUCAUGGUUUGCGGCCUUACUUCUCACCACCCCGUUUUUCUUGUGGGCAAGAUUUCUUCUUGGAGUUGUAUUAUCCUAAAGGUGCAGCAUUAUGGCCCGAGGAAAAGCUCGUUUCUCAGAGCCCUCCUUGCCUAAUAUCUUCGAUGCACAAAUCCGAGUACAGAUUCCUGAAAACUUGUCAGAGCAGAGCAUACUCCGAUGCUUGGGGUAUGGUCAUUGUUACUGCUGGAUGGGAUGGAAGGAUCAGAUCAUUUCAUAAUUACGGACUACCAGUACCCCAUUGAAAUUCCUGGUUCAACAUUUUUUUCAAGAAAGGUUUAAAAUCCAGUUGGUGAAUUGCACUUUUCUGGUGGGCCUACGCCAGAUAUCCGCGCAUAAUCUCGUUAUAAUGCGAUCUGAGUUUAGCCGAUGAUGGAAUGUGAAUUUCGGGAAAAUCCCAACAUAAUCAUAUGAUUAUUCCCUUCAUUUUCCCUUGAGAAUUUUGCGCAAUCGGGCCCAAAAAAGUUAUUCAUGGGCUUAAUUUUAGCUAUUUGGAGAUAGCACAUCCAUGUGAUAGAAGCAAAUAUAAGCUUUGUGGGGUCUUGAGCGGAACCAUUUUUGAUCUCUUCCUCUUAAAUUUGUGUGGGAUUUGAUACCGAAAUUGGUGGGUUAUACAAUGAUUUAAAGUCUCCUGUCCUGUCCGCCAUUUGAAAGUCGACCCCAUGGUUAGGCCCAGCGACGUUUGGGUUAAGCGGAAAGGAAAAAUUGUCGAUGGGGCAUGAUCCUUUGGCCGGUGCUGAAAGUACAGAUGAACCCAUGUUCCUGUUUGGUUGCUAGUCAACAUCCAGUAUUACUCCAUCAAGCUGAGAAGGAUACAAUUUUUUGGGUUAUAAAAUACAGCCUCUGGGCGGGACUCAUUGGGAUUUAACCUAUGUAAAUAAAAAUUCGUUUUUUUUUUACCCAGAGAUAGCGAGCAUGUAUUUGGUUUAUUUUCAUCGCCUUUUCGCUCCGAGUUAAAGUUGAAACUUUUGUUGUAAAAUCGUUCGAUUUUUGUAAAGAUGGAAAUUUGGAACACAAAUUUUGGUCAUAGUAUUGAACAAA